AUGGGCAUGGAGUUUGUCUUUAUAAAUGUCAAAGAGCCGAAAGACGCUCUGCAGCUCGCUAAGGAGCCCGAAAUUCGAUCUCACGUGGCUCGGUACCAGUGGAAGAAAAUCGAGAAUCGCCCGUCUCUCAAGCGAAAACGAAAUGCGGUGCUAUCGUUCUGCAUGGACAUAAGCUGUUCAGCAACCUGGCAGUCACGAAGCGAUUCCGAGGACGACUCUCCCGAGAUUCCGGACACGUCCUCCACCAUCUCCAUCCCUCUGCAGUUAGGGGGACUGCGAGACGACCCUUUUCGGUCCUAUCCAGCCAGUUUCAAGCCGUUCAUGCCGGUCCUCGUGGAUCACUCUGGUUCCCUUUGGUGA